GGCUGGUCGGACGAGGAGGUGGCGGCCUGGGUGUACACGGGGUCCUCGCCCCUGCUGCCGGCCAUGCACGCGCUGCUGGGCCUGCGGAAGAUGGACGGUAUCUAUGGGCCGCUGCAGGAGAACUGGCAGGUCUUAGGCCGGCAGAACAUGCCGGAGAGCCACCGGCAGUUCCUGGACGCCUUGGAGCACUCCGUCUCGGUGCGCGCCUACUGCCUCCGCGAGUGGCGCAAGGCCCCCGUGGAGCUCAUCGCUGCCCUGGAGGACUCCUUCAACAACUGCAUCGAGACCUUGCUGCGGUACUGCAACCUUCGGCAGCGCUUGGCCAAUCGGAUGUUCCCUGGGGCCGGCCGGGUCCGCCAGCUGAGCAGCUGGCAGGAGAAGGUGGUGAGGUCCGGGCGCCUGUCCUUGCUGCAGAUGCGCCGCGUCGCGGAUCUCCACAAGAUGCGGAUGAUGAAAACGCCGCUGCUGGUGGCCGGGUGGUAGCCGAAGGCACCGCCAAGGCUACCGGAUGCUCGAAGGUGCUGCGUGAAGAUGUUUUGUGUGGAAUCGGACUCUUUGGCAUGGGGUCCCUUUACUUCAAGAAAGGGU